UUGUGUGAGGUGCUUGGGGGACGCUCGGCGUUGAACCGGCGCCUCCCCGCUGCGCCGCCAGGGGGCGGUGUGCCUCCCCCUGCCGCCACAGCAACAUGGCGGUGUGACGGUGUGACAGCGACUUCCACACCACCGGAAUCAGGGGGAAGCAGCCCGCGCAGCGUUCACGUCUCACCGGUUCGAGGCAGACCACCGGCUCGGGCGACGCGUCCGGUUCGUCCCCGCGGUUCCGUCGACCUCGCGCGGCGCGAAACGGCGGGCGGCGGCGGGCGGGACUCGAUCCCGAGCGGCCCCAGACUGCGGCGAGCGUCGUCCCGGAAAACGGUGCGAGGUUUUUCACCCUCCGCCACCGAGGCGGGAGCCCGGGAGCCACGCGGGCGGAACCAGAGGAGGAGAAACCUGCUCCAUGCAUCAGAGAAAACCUGCACUGCCCCAGAAACCCAGGAUCCAUGGAUCCCACUGACCCUGGACCAGAGGACGAGAAGCCACCGUGUUCAACACCGAGCUCCGGUGGACGGCAGAGACAGAAAAAUAGAAAAUAUUCCGAUUUUGAAACGUAUUCACCGUCUGAUGGGAAAAGUCCCAAAAAAGAACCACAGAGCAGGUUAUCAGCAGGACGAGGACGAGGAAGAGGACGAGGAAGAGGAGGAGCUUCUAAAAGAACUGCGCCAAAGACGAACAGAGCUGAGAACCCCCCACAUCAGAUCCAGGAUGGGGAACCAGAAGCUCCCCAACAGACCCCUCAGGAUUCGGAUUGUGAACCCUCAGAGGACACCCCUGAAAAGGUGACGAGGGCCAAAAGGACCCCGGCAAAAAAGACCCCCGCCAAGAAGACCCCCGCCAAGAAGACCCCCGCCAAGAAGACCCCGCCGAAAAAGACCCCCGCCAAGAAAACGCCCGCCAAGAAAUCUCCUGCAACCCCCGCCGCCGCCGCCACCACCAACGGGGCCGCGCAGCUGGAAAAUGGGACGCCGAGAACAAAGAGGAAGUACGUGAGGAAGCAGCCGGUCGCGAAGCCGGCGUGCGAGGAGGCGCCGCCGCCGGACGAACCCGAGCAGGAGACCACGCCGAGCGGGCGCCCCCGGAGAGGAGCGGCGAAGGCGGCGUUGAAGUACCUCCAUAUUUUGGCUAAGGAAGUCCUCGACCACCCCGGGGACGUCUCCAGGGAGCGGACGGACCUCAAAGGAGGCAAAGGAAGUAAAGGCCGGAAGAGGAAGCGCCUCGACAGCGGGGCUCCAGAAGAUGAGGACUUCCAUCCCGGCGGCGAGGUAGAGGAGGAAGAACAGGAUGAGGAUGAGGAGGAGGAGGAGGAGGAGGAGGCAGCAGAGAAGUCCAGCUCCGACUCUGAGCAGGAUGCAAGACCUUUUCCCGCCCCCAAGAUAAAUGUACGAGAUAACUAUGGCCCCAAUCUCAAAACGGCCAACGGGCUCAGCACCAACGUCAUGAAGGUCUCCUGGGAAGCAACCGACGUCACCAAGAAGUUCCGGGAGGAGCACCACAGCAGCUGGGUGUUCCCAGAGUGGAUCCCCUCCACCAGCACCUGGCACCUGGUUCCACCCAGUGACCUGGAGGACUUCCUGCCUCAGGAGCGUCAGUCGGUUGCCUUCAGGGUGUCCAGAGAAGGUCUGGAGGAGGAGGAGGAGGAGGAGACGCCUCUGCAAAGACUCGGCAGGUUCACAGCGGCGCCGACCCACCCGGAUCGCUGGGACACGUUGCUGUAUGCGGGAGGACCGGUCUGGGCCUUGGAGUGGUGUCCCACCCCCGACGGGGCUCCGGCCUCCCAGUACGUGGCUCUGUCCUGCCACCGGGGGAUGGACGACCGGCACUGUGUGGACAGGACGCACAGCGGGAAGGGACUCGUUCAGCUGUGGGAGCUCGGCCGGCUGGAGUACAACUGCAGUCCGGAGCGCCAGCCGGCGCUGGCAUACGGCCUGUCGCAGGACAAAGGCUUCAUCUGGCUGCUGAAGUGGUGUCCCGCGGGGGGCUGGGAGCUGCCCACCUGUGGCAGGAAGGCUCCGUUCCUGCCCAGGCUCGGCCUCCUGGCGGUCGCAACCUCCACCGGCGUGGUCACCGUUUACAGCCUGCCCCACCCGGACGCUCUGCACGCCGGCAGGAGGCCAACCGAAGCGGCCUCCGAGGAGCUUCCCAUCUACCAGGCCGAGGGGGUGCUCACCCUGAAGCUGGGUUCCUUGAACGCCCCCCGCCAGCAGAGGAGCGGCCAAGUCCUGUCCAUGGACUGGCUGCCCCAGAAGCCGCACAACGUCCUGGCCGUGGGGUUUUAUGACGGCGUCGUCGGCCUGUGGGAUCUGUCCACAAAGUCGGCCUUGUUGCGCCUGCGGGAGUCGGAGUCGCUCACCCUGCUGCCGUAUCGAUGCCUGAUGGCUCACGACCACAGCGUCCGGGCGCUGGCCUUCUGCCCCGCCUCCAGCUCCCUGUUGAUAACGGCGGGAGACGACCGCUACGUGAAGAAGUGGGACCUGAGGCGCCCCCACCAGCCCAUCUUGGUGCAGAAGCGCUUCCUGACCAACGAGGUGUUCUGGCCCCUGAACGCACCGGGCCUCCUGCUGGCGCAGGAGAACGCCUACACGGGGUUCGGCUCGCAGGGCGUUCACUACAUGGACCACCAGUCGCAGGCCAUCUUCGCCGUCCCUCGGACCGGAACCGUGUGGUCGAUCUCGUACACCGAGUGGCUGAACAGCGUGGCGACGGCGGACAGCUUCGGGGAGGUGAUCCUCUCCCUUCUGCCCCACAUAAGCACCGUCCCCGCGCAGAUCAAGCGCACGCUGGACCGACGCUUUCCCGUCUGCUUCACGUCCCUGAUGUCCCACGAUGCCACCGAAGAAGAGAAGGAGAAGGAGGAGAAGGAGAAGGAGGGAGAGACCGAAGGACCCUCCGGUGGGAACGAGAGCGGAGGAGAUGGAGGGAAAGAUGGAGAUGCGGGAGGAGCAGGAGCAGGAGAUGGAGAUGCGGGAGGAGCAGGAGGUGGAGAUGGAGAUGCGGGAGGAGCAGGAGGUGGAGAUGGAGGAGGAGCUGUAAGCGACGGACGUCCCUCCUUGCGCAUCCCGAUGUUCAAAGAUGCGGCGAGGAGCAGCUGGCUGCUGCACACCGACAGCGACCCGCGGACCUUCAAAGAAUAUCAGAAGCGAGCUUUGUGGAAACGCAUGGCGGCCACCGAGUUUAAGACCAAGCUGAACGUGGAGGAGGCGCCUUUGGUUGCACUACACAAGGUGCGUUUCAGCCCCAACAUGUGCUCCCACACCUGGGUGGUGGCGGCGGGCCAGUCGGGGCUGGUCAGGGUGAGCUGCCUGAGGUCGAUGGUCAGCUCGCAGACGGAGAAGGUCGUCGGCGAGGCCCGGGAGCAGUUCGCCGCGCUCUACUCUCCCAGCGACCCGGAGCAGGAGGCCGAACCCGCAGGUGGAUCACACGGGGAAGAGGAUUUGGGGAGGGAUUAAUGAAAGUUGUGUUCUCUCGUGGCUUCGUCCAAAAGGUCAGCGAUGUUCUUAAAGUUCUGCCUUUUAGAGGAAGUACAUUCAACCAUCAAAGUGCCUCGCUGAGCGUCCCGGGUUUCUUUUUAUUUCGCAAACGUGUCUCGGAAUAAUGAAGUAGUGGAAAUCACCAUCGACCCGUCUCAGGGUACCAAUGAUUACCUGCGCGGCCUUUUAACACGUCGACCCUCGGCGUCGAGAGGCCAACGGGGUCGUGGAAGUGCACUUGGGGGUGUGUCGGUACGCUGUGACAUCACUGCGGGGCGGGGCUAACGAGGCGGGAAAGGUGUUCAUGAGGAAACCAGUGAAUGCGUUCGUAGGUUGUCGUUUCCCACUCACAACGAUCUGUUGGUGGAGAAGAAAGUCAAACUAAAGUGUUUCUGAUGCACUUUCUACAUUUUCUCCUCCCACUUUUUUAAACUGAACUGUGCUGCGUUUUAAAAUUUGAGAACAAUCAUCAUCAUCAUCAUCGGUAUGAGAAGUGAUGUCUGAUGAAGGAACAGUUCACCCUGUAGAGAACAACACAUCUCCACGAAAACAACUCGAAAAGCUUCAUCUCAUCACUCGAUGACAAUCACUGUUUUUGGAGUGAACUGUUCCUUUAAGUCGCAUCUUUGGGAUUGGUCUUUUUUGCAUUUUAUUCUGUCAGGAGAAGCAUCUCAGGAUUUUAACUAAGGGAAAUACUUGAAAUCUUUUUAGCUGCUGGAUGAAAUGUAUCUGAAUGACAUGUAUUUCUCCUCCAUGGUUCUUUUCUCCAGCGGUUGUUGUUGCUGUUGUUGUUUCAAAGGUUUGGAUUAAUUGUCUAAUUAGAGCAGCUGCUGUUUUGUGACAAGAGCUCAUUUAUUUUCUAGUGUCUAAAAAAAACUGAGAAAUAAUGUGUUUUUGUUUCCAGACGCAGCGAUCUCUCUUAUUUAUUUUCAAAUUUGCGUUAAAUGCUUUUCCUCUAAGUUUAAUUAGGGGGUUUAAGAAAAGGCUCUUUUGUCUUUUCAAUUUAAUUCACGAAUCUCAUCGACGGUGUCGGAAUGCAGAUUAAUGAGCGGCUAACUUAUAAAU